AUGAAGCAAUUAUCGUUCUGUUUAGCAACAAUCACCGCUUUUAGUUUGAGCGCUUACGCUCUCAACUGUCCACCUGUACUUCCUCCUCUCGGAGGAACCACCUCUUUCACUGGAGAGGCUAGAGAAGGAUCCGUGGCCGUAGGACAGUGCCCACUUGGACAAACCAUGAGCGGUCCAUACUCUAUCACGUGCACCAAUGGCGCAUGGUCACCACCAGCCUUCGGAAUCUGUACGACAGGAGUUGGGGGAUUGAUGCAGUCGUCAUCAGAUUCACUGGCUGGACUGUCAAGUGGAGUGGGUACUGGAUUAGGAAAUGGAUUAACUGGACUAGGAAAUGGACUGGGAACUGGAAUCGCUGGACUAGGAAAUGGUCUAGGAAAUGGACUGGGUGGUGGACUAGGAACUGGAAGUAGUGGGUACUGCACAAUGUCUACCAAUGCUGCCACCACCUGGCUCAACGAUAUCAUACAGCACUGGUGCAUCGAGUACUGGCCUUCCUCCACUGCAGAAUCAUGGGACGAUAGCCACGAUGAGAUGCAAUGA